UCCGAGCUCCGAUUCUUCCGCUAUUACUGCUUCGGAUCUCUGCCGCGCUUCGGCCUUGAAAUCUGGUGACAGUGCGACUCUGACCUUGGAUAACUUCUCUGUCAAGGCUGGCAGUAGAUCAAUGCAAUAAGAAGCAUCACUGGAGCAGCACUCACAUUUGUAAAUGGAAUAAAAAAUGGAUAGAAAGUUUGCUCGCCAAAGAAGAGAAUUAACAUUUGACUUUGAUGGACGCGACUCGGUAGCUAUGAAGAAACGAAGAAACAAUUAAUAUCACACGAGUGGAGACCAUACGCUUAGAAAAUAUGGAAGAAACGCCUUCAAGAAUACGUCCUUACGUGGACUGGGAUAACGAAGACAAGUACUCUGUAGCGAAUAGUCAAGUGCCCUUGGAGAGCGGUGAAGACGAACACCCGGAACGCGGAACCUGGACGGGAAAAUUCGAUUUUCUUUUGUCUCUUCUGGGAUAUAGCGUAGGCCUCGGAAAUGUCUGGAGAUUUCCGUAUCUUUGCUACUCGAACGGCGGUGGUGCUUUCCUGAUACCGUUCACUAUGAUGCUCGUUAUCGCCGGACUGCCUCUUAUGUUCAUGGAGCUUUCCUUAGGACAAUAUGCUAGUCUCGGACCAGUGGCGGUUUACAAGCAGUUUUGUCCGCUGCUUCGUGGCUUAGGAUACGGAAUGGUCCUCGUUAGCUCCGUCGUCAUGCUCUAUUACAAUUUAAUCAUCGCCUGGACGCUGUAUUACAUGUUUGCCUCGGUUGUUGGUGGCUGGGAAUUGCCCUGGAGCAAAUGCGAGAAAGAGUGGAGCACCGAGGAUUGCUUCAUGCCGGACAAAGCCGAGGCUUGCGCCUCUCGAAACGCUUCUUACUUCAAAGGAAAGUGCUUAAAUUCAACUGAAAUGACUGCGAUGGGCCUGAUUAUCGAGAAUAUAACUGGCGUUAUCAGAAGACCGCCUGCCGAGGAAUACUUUCACAAUCAUGUUUUGGGAAUCAGCAGUGGAAUCGAGGAAACUGGAUCCAUUCGACCGUCCAUGGCAGCUAACCUUUUCCUGGCGUGGAUCAUUGUGUUUCUUUGUCUGAGCAAAGGUGUGCAAAGCUCAGGCAAGGUUGUAUACUUCACCGCUCUUUUUCCAUACGUUGUCCUGAUCGCCCUUUUUAUUCGUGGAAUUUUACUUCCCGGUGCUAACGAGGGUGUACUCUUUUAUCUUACCCCCGACUGGAGGAGAUUGACAUCUGCCAAAGUAUGGGGAGACGCCGCCGUUCAGAUCUUUUUCGCUCUAAGCCCAGCCUGGGGAGGCCUGAUCACUUUAAGUUCGUACAACAAGUUCACCAAUAACUGCUACAAGGACUCUUUAAUCGUGGCGAUCAGCAAUAUUGGGACAUCCUUCUUCGCCGGCCUGGUGAUCUUCUCGGUAAUCGGCUUCCUCGCUCACGAGCUCGACGUUCCGGUGGCGUCGGUAGUUGAUGAAGGUGCUGGUUUGGCAUUUAUUGUUUAUCCAGAGGUUGUGGCUCGUCUGCCGUUUGCGCCUGUCUGGUCUCUAUUGUUCUUCAUCAUGCUACUCACCUUGGGCCUCGAUUCACAGUUUGCUCUCAUGGAGACCGUUACUACUGCGAUACUCGACGGUAUCCCGUCGUUGAGAAAUUACAAGAUCUGGGUCGUCCUAGGGGCUACGAUGGUCGGUUACGCCGGUGGUAUCAUCUUCACCACCAAUGCUGGCAUGUACUGGUUGCAACUAAUGGAUAAAUACGCGGCUAACUGGUCUGUCCUGUUGAUUGCCAUAAGCGAAUGCAUUCUCGUGGCAUGGGUGUACGGUGCGGAUCGCUUUUUGGACGACGUCCAACAGAUGAUUGGGCCCCGAGGUCGUUUAUGGAGAUUCUUUUGGACAUGGAUGUGGAAGCUCGUCACGCCCGCGGCUUUGUUCUUCAUCCUCUGCUUUAACUGGGUGGAAUACGAGCCCCUCAAGUAUGGAGCUUACAUUUAUCCGAAAUGGGCGGACGUAUUAGGCUGGGUCAUCAGUAUGCUUCCCGUUUUAGUGAUUGUUGGAUUAGCUAUAGAUCAGCUGAGGAGACGACGUAGGCGGUUACCUUAUGAUGAUGACGAUGAUGACGAUGAUGAUGAUGAAGAUGACGAUGAUGAGGAAGACGAUGACGACGACGAUGACGAUGACGAGCUUGACGAUAGGGAGUCUUGCCGAAAAAAAGAGAAAGAAAGGAGCAAGGAUAAAAGCAAGAAUGUAUGGGACCGCGUAAAGAUAUUGUUGCAGCCAACGUCCAAAUGGGGCCCGGCGUCGCAAAGUUCUUUGACACCUUCCGGAACUUUAAUGGCUUCCUUAGCAACCCCAGGAACGUACGACUCGAUGCGGGAUACAAUUAUCUUGGCGAACGGUCAACCGAUUAUGGUGCAACCACCCACUGUCAUUUCAACUACUCAGAAGCUCCCUGGACCGUCGAUCCUUAAGAAUUCUAGUAAAACGAAUUUGAUUACCUCGCAGCAAGUGUGACAUAACACAUAUCCGACGACGAGUCCUUAGAAGAACUACUCUGAAGACGCAAUGUGUCCAACGUAAGUUUGUCUUUGCCAUGAAUAAGCACUCUCAUAAUGUCGAUUGUUCAUUAUCAACCGCGUUUGCCGCGAGAUAUUUUAUUAUCUACUAUUUAAUUCAAUUUGCGAAAAAUAUUAAAUUUUGGAUUUUUGUGAAUUCGAAUUUUAUCAAAAGUUAUAUUGGGCACGAUCUUCAUGAUCAGUUGCGCCUAAGAAAUGGAAGAAGGAACUUUUUUAUUGACUAUACACAUACAGUUUAUUAGUAUUUAUAAAAAUUAUUUUUUAUUCUCUUGUAAUAAAUUAAAAGUGCAAUAUUUUAUUACGACAAGCCAUCUGUCAAGUAAUUCCUUGACAUUAACAGAGGAGCUUAAAUAAAUCGUUGAUAUUAACAUUUUAAUAGCCAAAGAAUGUUAUAAAAUGUUGUGUGUAAAACCGUAGAUGUUAAGAGAAGCUGGAAAGGAAGAACAAAAAAUAAUAGUGUCAGAUAUCACUAUUUUUUUAAAGAACGAUGAUAUAUCUUAUCUCUAUCCUCCAGAUAUAAUGAAGAUAUCGCACACAAAAUGAUUGUUUUAACACAAUAUCCCGAAAAAUAUUUAUCGUUUAUUUUUAUUGAGAGAAAAUAUAAAUAUACACGUAGCUUAUGAGUAAAAAAGUUUAUAAUACAUUUAGCAAAUAGAAUAAAAAAAUUAGAGAACGGCAGUGUGAAGAGAGAGAGAAGAGAUACACUCGAUGUAUCUCAAUCUCUCGCAGAUAUUGUAGAUAUAACUUAGAUAUAAUUAUUGUAGAUAUAUCCGAUAGAUAUAUCGUCUGAAAUAUUACAGAUAUCCCAUCUCUGACGACGUGCAAAGGUAUUCAGGGAAUAAAUUAAAUAUUUUGGAUACUCUGAAGAAAAUGAUAACGAGAAGUAGACAAGGAAAAUCGCGAAAAAUGUUACACCUAUCGAAUUUAUAAAGAAGGAUAGUAUAGACUUAUUGACGAGUAGUAACGUAUAACGGAAGAAUCGCGAUCCUUAAUUUUUAUGGAAAGUAUUUUUUGGAUAAUUUUAAGCGAUCUAGCAGAGGAAUUGUAUCUCAGCCUAUCAACAAUUACAUUUAAAAAAAAAAAAAAAGACUACAGAUGCCUUGACAACUUUUUCAAGGAAAAUUUGACUCCGGAUAAGUGAACAGCUUCGCAAAUAAAGAGAGUGGCCUUAGUUCUAUGAAAGAAAUUUGCAUAUGAAGACAUAAAUGUUUAUAUGCCAAUUAUCCCAAGCUCAUUUUUGCUUGGAAUGGUCUUUACUCUUUGUCGCGUAAGAAAGAAUCAGAAAGUUAGUGUACCAAACUAUCGUACUUUCAUUUUUAAUACGGGAUACUUUCGAGUCUCUUAUCUCGAUGGAAUCCUACGAACUAAACGAGUGAUAAGUCACUUAAUGCCUAUAAAUUGGCAGUGGACAGAUCGGAAAUCAAAAACGUUCAUUCGUAAUUUACAAAAUCAAAAAAAAAAUGCAAAAUAUUGGGAAUUCCAAGACUUUAGUGGUAGGGACAAUAGGGAAAUUAAAUUAACUCGAAGAAAGUGAGAAAACGCAGGACAAUUUUUAAACCAUUGCAGCGAAUACUCGUCGGGUUGUAGAAUCAAAUACCGUUACGAACGUACCUCAGAUAUUAGCGAGCUUGAAGCGAGAAAGCGAGAUAAGAGAAACGUAUUUUAGUAAGCCGCGUUUUAGGAUCGCGGAUUUUAAAAGUUAGACUUAACGUUAUACUAUAAAAGUGCCGUUAGAUUAUAUAUAUAUAUAUAUAUAUGACUGCUUUCUCCACC